AUGGCCCUAACAAAGCAGGUCAGCGCUCGUAAUCCAGAUGAUUUUCCCACCCUCCAGCUCUUCCUGCUAGCGAUUGUUCGUCUUGCUGAACCAAUUGCACUUACUUCUAUCUUUCCUUACGCCUGGGCUCUUGUGAAGAAGUUCCAUAUCGGCAAUGAGGAAGAUGCCUCCUUCUACUCGGGACUCCUUAUCUCGUCCUUCUCCCUUGCGGAGGCCCUGAUGGGGAUGUACUGGGGCGGUCUAUCUGAUCGCAUUGGUCGCAAGCCUGUUCUGAUGAUUGGUUGUUUGGGAACCAUGUUCAGCAUGGUAAUGGUAGGGUUCGCCUCCAAUAUUUGGAUAGCUUUACUCGGAAGAGCCAUAGGUGGUCUCCUCAACGGUAACAUCGGCGUCAUUCAGACCAUGGUCGGUGAACUCGUUACCAAGCCUGAACACGAACCUCGCGCAUUCUCCGUCAUGCCCUUCGUUUGGAGUAUCGGAACCAUCAUUGGGCCUUGCAUCGGCGGCACUUUUGCCGACCCCCACGAAUCUUGGCCCGUCCUUUUCCCCAAAGGCGGCGUGUUCGACCGUUUCCCGUAUCUCCUUCCCAACCUCCUUUGCGCCGCUCUCUUGCUCGUUAGCAUUGUUUUGGGGUUCUUUCUCCUCGAUGAGACGCACCCUGACAUGCAGCCCCGCGUUUUCAUGCCUGCAGAUACCUACGUCUCGGAAGAGACUCCGCUGAUUGAGACUUCAGACGCAAUGAAGCGCCCGGCGGUGGACCUGCGAGCCGAGACUUAUGGAACCCUCCGAAGUGUCGGCGGCGAGGACGAGUAUGACGAGGUGGCGGGCAUGUAUGCGAAUGAAAAGUUUGGUUUGAUGGCCAAAGUUUGGAACAAGCGCGUUGUCGGCUUCAUCAUUGCCUUGUCCAUCUUUACCUAUCACUCUAUGACUUACGAUCAUCUUAUGCCAAUUUUCUUCGAAGACGAACGCGCUAUCAGCAACGGCGCCGCAAGCCUGUCAGCAAUUUUCAACUCUUCUGGUGGUUUGGGACUCUCGCUCCGGGACGUGGGAAUGAUCAUGGCUGUCAACGGCUGCAUUGCGCUGUUUGUUCAAGCUGUCAUUUUCCCAAUCGCGGCAGAGAGAGUCGGUGUGUACAAGCUCUUUCUCAUUGUUACUGUUUUACAUCCAAUCGUGUAUGCGGUUGUUCCCCUGUUAAUCCUCGUUCCCGAGUCCCUCAUCUUCCCGUCCAUCUACAUCUGCCUUGCAAUUCGCAACAUACUCUCCAUCACACUCUACCCCUUACUCCUCAUCCUGAUCAAGGAAGCUACCCCUACUCCCAGCGCUUUGGGCAAGGUCAACGGUUUGGCAGCCAGUGCUGGCGCUGCUUGCCGAAUGAUUGCACCGCCCGUCGCAGGAUUCCUCUAUACCUAUGGUAGCAAAAUGAACUGCACUGCUCUAGCUUGGUAUGGAAGCGUUAUCAUCGCCAUUAUUGGCUCUGUUCAAUGCUUCAUGGUGCCGCGUGAGCGCAACGUUGAAAGAUCUGAGGAAUGUGCUACGGCACCUCCCUGCAAUGAAUAUACUCCUCUGACCGCUGAAGUUUCGGCUGGUGAGCGAGAAUAA